UGACGGCCAAGGAAGGUUAUUCGGCAGCCACGAGAAGGAAACAUGAUGGAGAGACAAGCCAUGGUUGCCCAUAUAAGGGGCUCGCUGAACGGUGGUCAUUGCAGUACCAAUCUCCCCCCAUAUCAGACGCGCAAACACGACAGCAAUGGCCAAGAACAUCGCCAUCAUCAUCGGCUCGAUCCGCAAGCAACGCAAGGGCCACCAGGUCGCCGAGUGGAUCCACGACCAGCUCAAGCCGCUCGCCGACAAGCAGGGCGCCGCGCUCGAAGUAGUGGACCUGGCCAAGUACCAGCUGCCCAUCCACGAUGGCAGUCCGGCGAUCAUGACACAGCUCAAGGGCAAGGGCGAAGAGGGCGAGGGACACGAGUACCCCGAUGACAAAGUCAACGCCUGGUCUCGGACGAUUCGCAGCCACGACGGCUACGUGUUUGUCACGCCCGAGUACAACGCAGGCAUCCCUUCGCCGCUCAAGGCGGCCCUCGACCACAUCUACCACGAGUUCGCAGGCAAGCCAGCGCUCAUUGUCUCCUACGGUGGGCCUGGCCGUGGCGCUUCAUCGGGGCAGCAGCUGGCGACGGUCCUCAAGGCGGUCAAGCUCAACGUGGCCGAGCAGCAGGUGAACAUUGCAGCCGCGUCGCGCGCUAGGGGCCCUAACGCGCCGGUCGACGACGAGACACGGGACACGUGGAGCGUCGACGACGUCGUCACGGCCUGGGACUCGUUUAGCAAGCUGUAGAUUCCUUCUGUCAUGUACCUUGAAUGCAAUUUUCUAGAAUCAUGCUG